AUGCCAGAAUCACAGCAAUCGGCGUGGUCAUCACGCGUCGAUGUCGUUCUUCGCCCUGUCGAGCGACCGGUCAGCUACCUAACGCGCGCCGGCAUCGCCGCGUCGUACCCUCUGCGCGGUAUCUGGUACUUCCUGCGAAACAAGGAGUUCUACCCGCUCUUCCUCAGCCGAUUACUACCGCUUUCCAUCAUAUCCUUCCUGGUAUACUUCAUACUCUUCACGUUUGCCUUCCUGCCGCAAUUCGCGUUCUUGGCCAUCUUCCACGGCUGGGGCGCAUGGGUCAACGCGGUAGUGCUCGUCCUAGGAGAGGGAGUGGUGAUUAUCCAGGGUCUGUUUGAGGGCUUCUUUGUCGACGAAUGCCGAGUCGACGUCUUCGAUGCCACCCUCAUCAAGGAGUCCCAUACCGAUCUUGUAGCCCCGCACCGAAUUCUCUUCCCCGACGCCCCGACCGCAGUCAAGAUGCUUGGCAAGCCAACGACCUCUGCCAUCUACACGCCCUGGAGCAUGGUGCAGAUCAUCGAACUGAUCAUGUUCCUCCCCCUCAACUUCAUCCCGGUGGUUGGCACGCCGGCGUUCAUCAUCAUCACGGGCACGAGACUGGGCAAGCUUGCCCACUACAGAUGGUUCCAGCUGCGGGGCCUGAGCAAGAAGGAGUCGAAGAGGGAGAUACAGUCGAGGACGUGGGAGUACGUGUGGUUCGGCACGGUGGCCAUGCUUCUUGAGCUUGUGCCGGUGCUGUCCUUUUUCUUCCUGCUCACAACGUCGGCGGGCGCGGCACUCUGGGCGGCGAGAAUGGAGGACGAGAAGAGGAGGGAGGCUGUGGAGAGCUUGGUUGGAGAGCCGUUGCCGCCGCCGCCUCCCUACGAGGAUGACCCGGUCUAG